GAGUUAAUCGUCUUCUGUCCAAUCAUUCUUGUUGCAAACACUUUGGCGGCGAGCAGCGAAAAGCAGAGAGACGCUGGACUGUCCGAAGAGCGCACGACUCCUAAAACUAACGUUAUCAGCGAGGAGAAAUUUGUCCAUCAGUGUGUCAUCUACUACAGAAAUGGACCAGUUUGUGCUUCAGGGACAGAAUAAACGCCUGUGCAGCGAUGAUGUAAAACGAAGAAGUCCCAGGAAAAAAAAGGUUAAGGUGGAGAAACACAAGAGCGUAAAGGAGGAGGACAAGGAGUCAUCUUUUGAGGAGUUCUCUCAUCCUAUCCCCUGGCAAAAAAUAGAAGCGGAGGGACUGGACUGCGAUUAUGCUUUGCUCUUCUUAAAAGAGGAGGCAGACGAGCUUUUCAGGCAGCUGGAGGAGGAGGUGGUGUACUCAACAGGAGAGGAAGCAAAGGUCCAGGUGUUUGGAAAGGUGUAUAAUAUACCGAGGAAACAGGCGACCUAUGGGAACCCGGGUCUCACUUACACUUAUUCCGGAGUGAGACGACAGGCUUGCCCCUGGACUCCGACCUUGGAGUAUAUCCGAAACGCGGUCACAGACGCAACCGGCCAGAAGUUCAACUUUGUCUUGAUCAACAGGUACAAAGACGGACAGGAUCACAUGGGCGAGCAUCGGGACGACGAGAAGGAGCUGGACCCUUCCUGUCCCAUCGCCUCCGUGUCUUUAGGCGCAGCUCGAGAUUUCGUCUUUAGACACAGAGAUGCUCGAGGCAAACGGAGCAGCCGGCAGAUUGAUCCUGUGAAGCUGGAGCUCGCUCACGGAAGCCUGCUCCUCAUGAACCCUCCGACCAAUACCUUCUGGUACCACAGCCUUCCUGUUCGGAAAAAGGUCGUCUCGCCUCGCAUCAAUCUCACCUUCAGACGCAUCUUGGUGGACAUCAGAAAAACAAUCAAAGAGGACCUCUAACACCAAAGACCUUGCUUAGAGACCACAUUCUCAACCAAAUCCUCCCUAAUCAAACUCUGGCUUUUGUGAAAGGACAAACUUAUUCCUCCAGUAAAUAUAGAUUUAAAGGUACUGUGCAAACAUUUCUGGUAAAUCUGUUCAAUGUACUUUAGAUAUAGCCUGUCCCUUUGAAAACAACGUGCCAUGGUUAGCGAUUCACUUUGUUUUGCUGUCGCAAAGAAAUAUUUAAAGAUAAAAUGUGCCCUCCUACAAAGCCUUUCCCACCCACAUGCCUCUGGUGACAUCACCAAAGGUAAAAAAAAAUAAUAUUUUUUUCUCCUAUUUAUCUACAUUUUGAAUCCAAUGCUUGUCCACCAUUGUGUUAACUAAAGCCAGCUGACAAACUUGAUUCUUGUGCUUCUUGUGAUGUCAUCAACCUAAACUUACACAGAGCAGAAUUAGUUUUUUUUGUGCACUUUGAAAAAAAAAAUUUUUUUACAUUUUGUAACAUCCGAUUGUUGAAAUCUAAACUCUUCUACCCAGCUGUGGCCUUACUGUCAGUCUAUAUUUGUAAGUGAAAAAAAAAAAUUCUGUUGGCUUGAAUUAAUAAACUAUUGAACCUGUUGACAAAAAUGACUUUGUAGUUCUCAAUAACAUAGAUUAAAUUUGCCUUACUUUAGUCUUAGACCGAGGGCUUCAUGUGACACUCAAUUUGUUCCAGUCUUAAAAAAUAUUUCUACUUAAAAAUAAAAAAUGUAUUUUCUAAAUCUUUAAAUCCUAUUGCCUUUAUUCAGAGUUCUGUUUUUUGUUCUUGUGAAUCACGUAUGGCACGGCAGGACGUGCAUUUUGGUCAAAGGCACAACCCGAUGCAUUGUAAGGUUAUAAUUGAUGAUGAUGCAUUUACAACAAUCUGAAAACACUACAAUCUCCCUUUAAUAA